UUGCGCGGCUUUACCACAUUCAUGCGAAAGUAUGCCCCGGUUAUCCCUGGAUUUGUUGUUCGCCUGCUUCAGGACUGCCCACCAGAAAUGUCUGCAGCGCGCAAGGAACUUUUGGUCGCAACGAGACAUAUCCUUUCGACUGAUUUCCGAAACGCCUUCAUUGGCAAAAUUGAACAGCUGCUGAACGAGGAUGUGCUUAUUGGUUCAGGAGUAACAUCUCGAGAGACAUUAAAGCCUUUAGCAUUCAGCAUGCUCGCCGAUCUGAUUCACCACGUGCGCGCAGAGCUCUCACCUUUGCAGAUUGAAAAGACAAUAUCCAUCUACUCCAAGAACCUUGGCGACACUUCUCUAACGACGAGCAUUCAAACCAUGUCGGCCAAAUUGCUUCUUAAUCUCAUUGAUCGCAUUAUGAAAUUGCCCGAACAGCCAGAAGGGAGACGGCUGCUUGUGCUGAUUCUCCUCAGCUUCACCAAAAAGAUUGCGAAUCUCAAUCAAAGCUACGAGCGCAAUGAAAAGGCUUUGCAAGAGCCUUCGCGCGAAGUGCGAACAUUUGGUAUUCAUGUCGGUUCUCUACCCGCAGAAGGUGAACCAGAGGUAAUGAAGGAAGGCAAGCACUUAUUCAAGAACUUGAUGGUUGGUCUCAAAACUGUUUUAUUUGGCUUGAAAGGCUGCAAUCCGCCUCUACCUCCCAACAUGUCCAUCAGCAAUCAGCAUUGGGCGGAAGCCGUUCGAGGAUUAGGCAACGCAGACCUUCAAAUUUUCACCACGCUCUUCUUGGAAGGCGCCAAGGGCUUCUCAUACUACAAGCAAGAAAUCCUUGCCGACAAGACCAAUGCCACGGAAAGAAACUCGCUCGAAAAUCCUGUUCAGCUCACAAGUCCUGGUUCUCGGGAGGAAAAGGAUGUGCUGGAGACUUUUGCCACAGUCUUCAUUCACAUUGAUCCUGUUUCUUUUCAGGAGAUUCUCGAAAAGUCACUGCCGGCCUUCUACGAACUGGCCAUGGGCAACAACAUCUUACUACAUGUCCCGCAAUUUUUUCUGACGAACGACAGCACCUCGUCCAAUUUUGCAGGCUUACUGCUAGAGUUCCUCAUUGAAAAGCUUCCUGAGCUAGGUUCCACUGAUUCUCUUAGAAGCACGGUCCUGCUGCGCCUCUUCAAGAUGUGUUUUAUGGCUGUUACAAUGUUCCCCGACUUGAACGAGGUCAUUCUCCAACCACACUUGGCCGAGAUCAUCAUUCAGUCGAUGAAGUUGUCUGCGUCAGCCAAGAAUCCAAUCAACUACUACAUCCUGCUUCGUGCUCUCUUUCGCAGCAUUGGCGGUGGUCGAUUCGAGCUGCUUUACAAGGAAGUUCUUCCGCUCUUGCAAGUUCUUCUAGAGUGCCUGAACUCUCUCCUUCAAUCAGCUAGGAAGGCGCAAGAAAGGGAGCUGUACGUUGAGCUUUGCCUGACGGUGCCAGUUCGCCUUAGCGUUCUCUUACCCUAUCUCUCUUACCUCAUGAACCCCCUCGUCAUCGCACUUGAGGCGGGUCCAGAUCUUGUCACUCAAGGGCUGCGCACUCUGGAGCUUUGCAUCGACAACCUGACUCAAGAAUUCUUGGACCCAAUCCUAGCUCCUGUUCUGGAGAAGCUCAUGAAGGCCUUGUGGUCUCAUCUUAAGCCAUUACCUUAUACGCAUCAACACAGUCAUGCUGCAUUGCGUGUUCUCGGAAAGAUGGGAGGCAGAAACCGUCGUUUCAUCGAUGCUGACCACGCAUUUGAUGCGACUAUGGCCGAGCACUAUCUUCCCUCCAUUCCAAUCGCAUUUGAGGGCAUUCAAGAAGAGCAUCGUUUCAUGUGGAGCAAGUUUGUGCUACCGGCUGCAGAUACGCUGAAGGAUCUCAAAGCAUCUAUCGAAUACAAGACUCAUUCAUUUGCCUUUUUGAAAGCAGUCGCAUCCUUGUAUGUACAGCCUUUUGACUCGACCACUGAUUUGGCCGGCCGACUUCGAACGGCGGCAAACACUCUUGUUGAGCAGUCGAGUAAAUCCGAAGCAGUUGUCAAGCCUUCGCAAGCUAUUUUACGGGCAAACAAGGCAAGUCGAAUACAUGGUCAAUUGUACGAACGUAUACUGGAAGGGCUCUGUUACGCAGUGUCAGUUCCUACCCUCGCAGAUGAGGCAAAGCAGUUCCUUUCGGGCCUUUUCCGUCACUUUUCCAUGCUGCUGUUGUUAGAUGCCGAAGAGCAACUCAUGCAGGGACAGAAGAUAUUCUCUCUGGAUGAACCCAAAACAGACCUACACCUGGACAGCGAAAUCGCUCUAGAUGUAUUGGUGCUCAUCAUCACUAGCGAGAAUGAAGCUGUGCGUGAUCUAGGAGAAGAACUCAUCACUGUGUUUGUCGACACCUUGCAAGUCAUUGUCUCGGAGGUCGGGUCCUUGGCCCAAAUUCCACUGUUCGCUACAAUGCUAGGCAAAUUCUGUCACUGCUGCUACCAAGCACAAUGGUAUGUCAAGGCCGGUGGCACAAGCGGUUUAGCUGUCCUUCUGGAGAAGCUGAAUCUCGGGACUGUAUGGACUCGUUUGCAUGAGCUUGAGAUGAUCAAGGCGCUCAUCUACGUUGUCAAAGAUGUUCCACCUGAAGCUCCGGCCUCUUGUGUGGAAGACGCUUGUCGAUUGCUCAAAAGAGUCGUUGCUACAUGCCAUGAAGGCGAUAGUGAAGGAGAGAAGGACACGACGGCCAUUGCGACAGCUUUGAUCUCCGACUUGCUCAAUCCGAAUGGGAAAGUACGAGAAAUUGUCCAAGAUCUUUUCAAGGCGCUUGCUGAACUGACCAAAACGCCACUACAGAACAUCAUCAAGCCCGUGCAAGAUCGCCUUCUGAUGCCGAUAUUUACAAAGCCGUUGCGCGCGUUACCUUACGCGAUGCAAAUCGGGCACAUUGAUGCAAUCACCUUCUGCUUGUCCCUUGAGCCAUCAUUCUUGGAAUUCAACGAUGCCCUCAUCAGGCUGCUCCAUGAAGCUCUUGUGCUCACUGACGCUGACGACGAAGCCCUUGGUAACGGCCACAAGAUUUCGUCGUACAAAAGCUCUGCGGCUUUGAUCACACUUCGAACGGUAUGUAUUCGGCUUUUGACCAUUGCAGUUUCGUCCUCAGAGUUUUCGAACCCUACACAUGCUCAAAGCCGAAGCAAAAUCAUUGCUGUGUUCUUCAAGUCGCUGUAUUCAAAGUCAUCCGAAGUAGUCGAUGUUGCCAACAAGGGUCUCAAGCAGGUAUUGAGCCAAAAUCACAAGCUCCCAAAGGACCUGUUGCAAGCCGGCUUGCGCCCCAUUUUGAUGAAUCUUUCGGACCACAAGCGACUCACUGUACCUGGACUUGAAGGCCUGGCAAGGCUCUUGGAGCUUUUGACGAACUACUUCAAAGUGGAAAUUGGCAAGAAGCUUUUGGAUCAUCUGCGUGCUUGGGCCGACCCGCUGACUCUACAACAAAUUGCCAGCAAACCGCUCAAGGACCAACAAAGCAUCAAAAUCAUUGCAGCGAUUCUGAAUAUCUUCCAUCUCCUUCCGCCUUCGGCCCACAUGUUCUUGGACGAGUUGGUGUCCGUUAUUCUGGAACUCGAGGUCUUGUUGAGAAGGACGACAGACAGCCCUCUGCGUCCAUCAUUCUUGAAGUUUAUCAACCGGUAUCCCCAAGAAACGUGGGACUACUUGAUCAGUAAGUUUGACUCUGCAGCAAUCUCCACUUUCCUGAUUCAGCUCAUGGACGACGAGACCAGCAAGCCAUUGAGAGAUAUUGCGCAUAGCCACAUUUUGGAAAUGGUUCGGCAGGAGUCGCCCACUGCUGAAGAAUCGUCUUCAGUGGCAAAGAUGAAUGUCUUGCGCCUCUCGAACGUCUUGAGCCGGCAUCAAGAUGAUGCAUUUUCUGAGAUCGAGGAUCUGGAGCAUCUGCUCAAGUUAUUCUCUACCCUGACUGAAGCUGUGCAGUCCGGGCCUGACCGUCAACAUCUGGUCGACAUUCGCGUUAUUGCCGAGGGUCUAGUCACGACUUUUGUCAGAUUCUUGAAAAGUAACACAAACGACCUGCAACCUCUAUUUCUUUUGAUGGCAGCAGAAGCCGACGGCAAGUUAGACGCUUCCCUUGCGCUUGAACGGACUAUUCAAACCGCCGUAGUCGAGCAAGAAAGUCUUGACUUGAGAAGAAGAUAUCUCUCGCAGUCUCUUCUGAUAUUUUCUGGUGAUCAUUCAUCAACAUUCAAAAUUGGCGUGUUCCGACGGAUCGUCAAUCCAAUGCUUGCAAGAGAUCACGAGGCCCAAGGAAAAUCGGGAUUGGUAGACCGCAGCCUCGUCGAAACGAUUCACACAAACGUCUGGAAGGUUGCCCUGUCAGACUUUGGCGAGGAUAAGAUUUGCGCAACGGAUGUCCUCCGAAUUGAGCUUCUUCAGAUGUCAACGCUCUUGAUUCAGAAAUACUCAAGCUUGCUAUCGAGAGUGCGAAAGGACAUACUUUUCUUUGCUUGGAACUAUAUCAAGCUAGAAGACCUGACGACAAAGCACGCUGCAUACGUCUUCAUCUCCUUCUUUAUUGCUGCCUACGACACUCCUGCCAAAAUCACUGCCCAAAUCUACGUCGCUUUGCUGAAGGCGUUCCAGCCCGAGGCCCGAACGCUAGUUCGUCAGGCUUUGGACGUGUUGGCACCAGUACUUUCUCAGCGUAUCCCAUCAACUGCUCAGGAGGAGAAAUUUGGACAUAAAUGGGCAAAGUACCCUCGCAAGGUUCUUUCCGAAGAAAACAACACCAUGCAACUCAUCCCAGUGUAUCAAUUCAUCGUCCGCCAGUCCAAUAUGUUUUAUGACUGUCGAGAGCAAUUCAUCGACCUGCUCGUCUCUGCGCUCCCCAAACUUGGAUUUCCGCAGAAUUCUAAUUCCGACUCCCGUCUUCUGAGCGUAGAGAUUUGCGAGACCAUCCUUGAAUGGCAUCAACGCCAAGACAGUUCCAUGGACACCUCGGAAGACGGUAACGCAGGUUAUCAGAUGUCGGUCGAGGCAUGUACUGAUGUUUUGAAGUUCUUGGUCAAAGCCGCAUGCCUGCCUGGCGACUCGACCAAAAGUCAAUCACCUCAACGGCUGCUCGCAGUCAUGAGAGCUCUGCUUUCCUCGCAUGUAUGGUCCGCAAUGCAGAUAGACCUGACAUCUGUUGAAGCUGCUGUACUAAAGGCUGACGAAAAAACACAAGGCGCCGCUGUGCACGCUCUUGAAGCAUUGCACAUCGUUCUGUCGACUCGUACAAAAGAAAAGCUGUAUGCGUAUGUUCCGGAAACUCAUGUAUGGCUUGAAAAGCUGCUCAAAUCGGAGUCUGCUGCUUUGCAAACAAAUCUGCAGCCCGUAUUGCGCAUGUUUCUGCAGUCGCUCCCUGAAGCUGGUCCUGAUGACGACGAGGAUGAUGUUGCCACCCAAUUCAAAGGCCUCUUGGUGGCGUCGCUAAACGAGAAUCUGCAGACAAACGCCAAUCUGCAAGGCACAAUCCUGCUGCUUGGAACUCUUGCUGCGCAAAGCCCAACUACACUCGAUACUUUAUUGCCCGCCAUGAUGAAGCUCUUCAACAAUCUGAUCAAAGAGCACCUCAAUGUGCGGAGUACUACCCAGACAGCUGUCGCGGGAGCCCCUGAAGCGCCAUCCACUCUUGCUGAUCCGGAGAUACAGGCGGCUUCAAUCAUCGCUCUCAUGGAUCUUAUGAGCCUUCGGAUGCUGCAUCUUGGCGAUCAGCGUCGUCUCUACCUUGCCGCUGUGGCCCAACUCAUCGAGAAGUCGCCCGACAUCUCCAUUUGUAUGCACAUCCUGAAGCUCACCAGCGCUAUGGUCUUGGUCAAGAAAGAUCCAUUUCCAACCGUCAAGGAGAAGGUCUCCUUGCUGCUUAAAAUGACUUCAUUCGAUAAUCGAGGCAACGACGAGCUUGCGAAUGGCUUUCUACGAUUGGUGGUGGCCAUUUACAAAGAUCCCAGCAUCGCACGGACUGAGCUUACCGUGCGUCUCGAACAAGCUUUCCUGAUAGGAACCCGAGCUCGCAAUGUGGCUGUACGAGCCGAGUUUAUGGAAAUCUUUAACAGCAGUAUGUCAAAAAUUCUCUUCACGCGCUUGAAUUACAUUUUCGUGGUACAAAAUUGGGAAAGCCUUUCUUCGCACUACUGGGUCGCGCAAGCCAAUCAUCUACUUCUGGGAGCGCUUGCAAGCAGUCGAAUUGUGCGCUUAGAUAAGUCAACUUGUUUGCUUAGACCACUCGUUGGUCCUGGAGAUCUUGUUGCGGAUGUGAUUGUGGACGACGAGCUGACCAAGGCUUCGGACGAACACAAAAGCUUCCUUGCAAACAUUUCUGUUGUCAAAAGUGAGCAGGUCUUCGAACCGCUUGGCUAUCUGCAACAUCUAAGCAAUUCGACUGGAGAAAUGCUCUGGAUACAACUCUUAUCGACUGCGUGGAUGUCGGUCUGCUCCAAGGACCAAGAUGAACUAACCAAGCUUUUGGCGAUUCAUCUGUCUAAAGAAUACCACUUGCGACAAGCAGAUAAGAGGCCGAAUGUCAUCUCUUCACAUCUCAAAGCCCUGGCCCGUAUUGAACCAUCAAUAACUUUACCGCCUCACCUGAUAAAAUACCUGGGUAAAUCGUUCAGUGCUUGGUAUGUGGCUAUAGAACUAUUGGAACGUUCAGCAGACGCUACUGAUCAGGUUCAAAGUGGCUCAGCUUUAACGGAAAGCCGUCUUGAUGCCCUUACUGAGCUUUAUGCUGCACUUGGAGAGGAUGACAUGUUCUAUGGCCUAUGGCGACGUCGCUGUCGUUAUCUCGAGACAAAUCUCGCUAUUUCGUACGAACAAAAUGGUAUGUGGGACAAGGCUCAACAAUUGUACGAAGCUGCUCAAGUAAAGGCGAGAACAGGCAUUUUGCCGUUCUCAGAAUCAGAGUACACGUUGUGGGAAGACCAUUGGAUACUUUGCGCUCAGAAAAUGCAGCAGUGGGACGUGCUCACAGACUUGGCGAAGCAAGAAGGAUACUCUGAUUUAUUGCUAGAGUGUGCAUGGCGCAUCUCUGAUUGGACGACUGAUCGAGAACCCCUUGAAGCCUCCAUUAAGUCCCUAAUGGAAGUGCCAACCUCCCGGAGGUAUACGUUUGAAGCCUUCAUGGCUCUUCAAAAGACACAAGCCAAGCUUGACACAAUUCAAGAAUUCCAAAGGGUUUGUGAUGAAGGCAUGCAAUUAUCGCUCCGAAAAUGGUCGCAACUUCCUGUUGUGGUCUCGAGUACGCAUGUCCCACUUCUCCAAUCGUUUCAGCAAUAUGUCGAAUUACAAGAGGCCAGUUCGAUCUAUGCAAGUUUGGCGACGACACAUGCUCAAAAUUUGGAGGCAAAGUCGCAUGAGCUUAAGCAUAUUUUGCAGACCUGGAGGGAGCGUCUGCCAAACUUUUAUGAUGACAUCAACAGCUGGAGUGAUCUAGUUGCCUGGAGGCAACUGGUGUUUUCCUCCAUCAAUCGCGUGUUCUUGCCACUAGUUCCGGGCCUGCAGCAGCCUGCAGGGGCCUCAGGCAACAGCAGUGCAACUUCUUUUGCUUAUCGUGGCUACCACGAGACGGCUUGGAUCAUCAACAGGUUUGCACAUGUUGCACGAAAGCAUCAGCUGCCAGACGUGUGUAUCAGUCAAUUGACCAAAAUUUACACAUUGCCGAAUAUUGAGAUUCAAGAAGCGUUUCUCAAGUUGAGAGAACAGGCCAAAUGCCAUUAUCAGAAUCCUAAUGAGUUGGGCAUGGGUCUUGAAGUCAUCAGCAAUACCAACUUGAUGUACUUCGGCACGCAGCAAAAGGCAGAAUUUUUCACUUUGAAGGGAAUGUUCCUCGCGAAGCUGAAGCUCAAUGAGGAGGCUAAUCAGGCAUUUGCAACCGCUAUUCAGAUUGACCUCACUCUUCCUAAAGCUUGGGCUGAGUGGGGGCAAUACAGCGAUCGCCUGUUUCAAGAAGACGCAGCAGACGUAACGAAGGCGGGCAAUGCAGUCAGCUGCUAUCUGCAAGCAGCGGGUCUCUUCAAAAAUGGACGGGCUCGUAAAAUGCUGAGCCGGGUGUUGUGGCUUCUUAGUCUUGACGAUGCACAAGGCACAAUUUCAAGCGCCUUUGAUUCAUACAAAGGCGAGGUUCCAACGUGGUACUGGAUCAGCUUCAUCCCGCAGCUUUUAACCUCUUUGUCGCACAAGGAAGCACGACACGCACGGCAAGUACUCAUCAAGAUUGCCAAGGCCUUUCCACAAGCGCUCCAUUUUCAGCUGCGCACUACCAAAGAAGACUAUGCCAUCAUAAAGAAGCAAGCUGUUGCAGCUGCGCAGAGUGCAUCAGCAGCCAAGGCGUCAGCAGACGCAACAGAGCUCAAGACGAAGACUACCGCAAGCGACACAUCCGCACAGUCUGACAGCAAGGGGUCGGCAGCUACAGCUAAGGCAGAGUCGCCUGAGCCCGGUGCUUCGGCACAAUCUACAACGGCGACGAGACAACCAUGGGAACAUGUCGACGAGAUCAUGGCCAUACUUAAGACUGCGUUUCCAUUGCUUGCUUUAUCCAUGGAAACCAUGGUGGACCAGAUCCAACAGCGAUUCAAGUGUCAAGCUGACGAAGAUGCUUACAGGUUGAUUGUUGCGCUCUUGAAUGAUGGUGUGCAAUACAUUGGUCGACUCGGAACAGUCACUGAGGAUACGAGACUACCUCCAGCCACGCAAGCGAACAUUACGCGCUUUGCGGAGAGCGUGUUACCGAAGAACAUCAAAUCAGCCUUUGAGCAGGAGUUCGUUGUCGAGAAGCCAAACCUUCAGCAAUAUGUUGCAAAACUCCGCCGUUGGCGCGACAAAUUUGAAAUUAUUCUCGAUCGACGUAAACCAACUCAGCAGCUCGAGCAGGUCAGCGCGUACCUCAGCGAGUUUCAGUAUCAAAAGUUCGAGGAUGUCGAGGUACCCGGUCAAUACCUGCAGCACCGCGACAAUAACAACGACUUUGUUCGAAUUGAUCGCUUCAUGCCCCAAUUAGACGUUGUUCGAGGUCAUGGUAUCUGCUACCGACGAAUCACCAUGCGCGGUCAAGACGGAAGUCUGCAUCAGUUCGCAAUUCAAUAUCCGGCGGCGCGGCAUUGUCGAAGAGAGGAACGCAUCAUUCAGCUCUUCCGCAUCUUGUCUGGUGUGCUCGCAAGGCGCAAGGAGAGCCGCAAGCGUUGUCUCAGCUUCCAUCUGCCAGCUGCCAUUCCCUUGGCGCCUCACAUUCGCAUUGUCCAAGAUGACGCAUCCUACAUAUCGCUACAAGGAAUCUACGAGGAUUAUUGCAAUCGUCAUGGCCAGCACAAGGAUGAUCCACUACAACUUGCAACAGAACGGCUACAGAAGUACCCGGAGCUGCAAAACAAGAAGAGCGAGCUCAUCGACCUCAAGGUUGAUAUUCUCGCUUCCAUUCGGCGCGACCUGGUACCCGAAUCAAUUGUCUACGAUUUCUUCAAGCAGACAUUUCCGACAUUCUCUGAAUUUUGGCGCUUCCGGAAGCAAUUCAGCUUGCAAUACGCAUCCUUGACUUUCAUGACGUAUGUGAUGAAUAUCAAUAACAGGUUCCCGUACAAGCUCUUUAUCUCCCGGAAGACCGGGCAAGUCUGGGGCACAGAAAUUCUUCCUGGCAUGGCACCAAACAAUCCUGUCUUCCACAAUGGUGAAGCAGUGCCAUUCAGAUUGACGCCCGCUCUACAGAAUCUCAUGGGCCCGAUCGGUAUUGAAGGAAUAUUCUCUUGUGCGACAAUGGCUAUCGCUCGCUGCCUGACAGAACCUGAGUUUGAACUCGAUCAACAUCUAAGUAUCUUUGUCCGAGAUGAGCUGAUCACCUGGUUCACGCAGCAGCAUCGUCCUGUUACGCACGAAACGCACCUCCGGGAGAAAGUCUCUUCCAAUGUUGACCUCAUCGUUCGUCGAGCCUCGUCGCUGAGUCAAGUCGCUCAAGGCAACCUGCCUGCGAAUCAGACAAUUAUUGAUCUGAUCUCUCAGUCUGUCAACCCGAAAAACUUGGUUCAAAUGGACCAGCUCUGGAGCUCAUUCUUGUAGAGGUACGAAACAAAUAUAUAGUCAAUGUGGUCGUCAUAAUAUGCCCAUAUA